AUGAGCAUCGCACCCGGGCCCUCAGUGCUGCUGCUGCUGCUGCUGCUGCUGCUGCAGUUGCUGCUCCCGCCCCCAUCAUCUGCCUUUCCCAAUAUCUGGAGCCUCCUGGCCGCCCCUGGCUCCACUCAGGACCUGACUGAGGAGACAGCUCUCAAUGUCUCUCUGCAGCUCUUUCUGGAACAGCUGUCCCCAGGCUGGCCCCCACUUCAUCUUGAGGAUUUCCUAGGCCACACCCUCCUCACCAAUGAUGUCUCCUGCUUCGGACCUGGGUCUUCUUCCUGGCCAUUCCAAGCAGCCUCAAGUGAGGUGUGUCAUGCCAGUGCAGCCCAGGACUUCCUGCCAACUUUCAGGAAUGACCCUGACCUGCAGUUGGGCCAGGGGCACACGCCUGGUUGGGCUCCAUAGGAGACCCUGGUGGUGGCUAGAGCUCUUGGCCACACAGCCUGCCAGUGCCUUGGGGCAGCCCUCCAUGCCUUGCAGGUAAGAAAAAAGAUGGGGGAUUUCUGUAGUCACAGCAGCUGGGCGGAACUAGGGCAGCAGCAGCCACACCCUUACCUCCUCUGGCCACAGCAAGAGCUGGUGAGCCUGACACAAGUGGGAGAUCUUACCUGCUCUGAUUGGGAGGGGCUGAGCUGCCCCAGAAAUUUGCUGGGUUUCACACUCACCUCUGGCUACUUUGGAACUCAUCCCUACAAGUCUUCAGGAAAAUGUAGCCAUGGGGGCCGUCUUGACCAGAGCAGUUCCCAGCUACCACAGAGAGGCAUCAACAAGGACAGCACAGCCCUGGGCUUCUCCCCCUACCACAUGCUCUACCUCCAGGCUGCAAAACUGGCCCUUCUGGCCUCCACCCAGGCUUUUAGCCUCCUGUGAAGAUGCCUGCGACACAGGACUUUGUCCAGGCUGUUGGACAUCAUCCCAGCCUCCAGCCUCAGUUUUUCCCUGGACACCACGGGCAGUACAGGCAAGGAGAUCAACACCGCCAAAAUCCAGGCUCACUACAUUGUGGAGCAGCAACAGGGCAGCCCCAUGGAGCCUGCCCACUAUGUCCUGGUGCCUUUCCAUGAUGCAGUGUUCCGCCCCUGUCUUUACAAACGUGACCCUGAUAGGUUCUGGCAACUCAGUGAGAUCCAAGCCUUGGGGGGUGGAGAUGAGCCUGAGAUGUGCCUGUCAGUCCUGGAGCUGGCCCUGCUGCACACACCUCCACUCUCAGACAUCUUUGUCUUCACUGGUGCCUCCCCCACAGAUAACCUUUCUCACCAGCCGGGCGGAGUCCCUGACUCGGAGCAACACUGCAGAGUAAUAUUCCUGGUGACUGAAGACCCAUUAUGGGGUCAGGGCUGAGCUCGUUGUGAGGUCUUGUCCCCUCUGCGUUUUGAGCCGUAUGACGUGGUAGCCCUGGCCCCUGGAGGAGAGGUGAUCUUCACCAAAGAUCAGCACAUUCGAGAUGUGGCAGCUGUUUGGGGGAACAGCAUGGCUGACCUGGUAAGUGUCCCCCUGGCACCUCCAGCUGUGGUGCUUGGGAGACCUGUGUUCAGUGUGGAUGGACUGCUCCAGAGGGUCGCAGUCUGGAUCCCUGGGGAGGCCAGCAGCUUCUGAAUCAGGAACCACGCAGGGGUUUCCCAGGGCCAGGAGGAAGUCCAGGGGUGUCUAGGUCACACCUGCUGCUCUGGGAAGUUCUGGAUGGUGACCAUGAAUGAUCCCAUGACAAGGACCUGGGAGAUCCAGGUCACAGCUGAGGGCACCCCCAGGUGAGUACAAGCUCAGAGAGCCAUGUCACCCAUCCUGGACUUCGGGAUCCCGAUGGAGAACGGCCCCCACCCAGACCUCUACCCCCCGACUCAGCCAGUUGCGGGUCUCCAGACCUCGCAGCUGGUAGAAGUGACAGGGUUGGAUUCCAGAGGUCACCCCAGUCUUCCUCUGCCUCACAUCUCCCACGUCAUCCUUCGAUGGGUCCGGGGUGCUGAGCUGGGCCAAGUGCCUUUGGAGGCCAGGGAAGCCCAUGAGCCAGGUCUUGUCACAGCCUCGCUUCCCCCCAUGCUUCUGGCUACCCCCAAGUUCUUCUCUGGAGCUGACUGCCCAGGAGGAAGGAGGGGCGUCCUGCACCCACUUGCCCCUCAGCCCAGCAAUGUGGUCCGAGCCCUUUGGGAGUUUCCUGGCUGGGGGCAGCAAGGCGCAUCUCCCCAAACCCGCUUGUCAGCCCUUUGCAUGGCCAGCUUCUCUGGCCCUCAGGAUCUUGAUACUGGAGCAUCUGCCAACUUCAGCUUCUCUCUCACUUCCAGCCUCUCCACGUGA